AAUAUUUUGGCAAAAAUGUGGGUGCGUGAGUGUUAGAUAUUAAAUUAAAUCAAUUACUUAAAAAAAGCAAAAAUAGGAAUACAGAUAAAAAUGCGAGUCACCUACCUUCUUCCUUUCAUGUUCCCUCACCAAUGGCUGCUCAUUUCUUUCGAACACCGUCUUUUUCCCGCGAAAUUCUUAACUCCACCCCUACUUUCAUGCUUCCCUAGGGAAAUUUUGAGAAAACAGAGAAAGGUGCUGACUUUUAUUAAAUGUGCAAAUCGGUUUGUCGUUCUUGCCGUUGAGCACCUGCUGGCUGCUGCACCGAAACAACAUAGCAGUGGAUACUCCGACUUCUAUACCUGGCUUACAAGAUUUAGCCGCUUGCGUUUAUGUUUAUGUGCUCUUUUAUUUAUAUCAAUUCGCUCUUUAUUAUAUUUUUAUCUAAAUGGGAAUCGUUUAAUAUUAUAUUUUUUAUCUCUAGGUUUAGCUGCCCCCCGAAGGUUUAUUAUCUGAUGACUCUGGCCCUCCUUAAUCCUUCUUCACUCUUUUGUCUACCUUUCACUGAUUGACUUACUUUGAAGCUCAUUAAAAUUGAAUGAUUUGAUGGAGUAUCCAGCUGUUGCUUCUGAAAUGCCGAGCCUACCCUGUGUUCAACAUCCCAGCAGGAUUUUCAAUAAUUCCAAGUAUAUUAACGUUUCGGUUUGUGUUAAAUCCUUUUGUAGUGUUGCGCUGGGCACAAGUAAUCCAGCCUUUGUAGAUAGGCCAAACGUAACUUGUCAAGCCUGGGCUGAAAGGUCACGGGCAAUGCCCAGAAGAAUUCCUGGUUUUAAUAGAACCAAUUCAGAGUCUCACAGGGACAAUGCAGAAGAGGAGUCUGUAAAUGUGAAUAGCAAGGAGAGGAUUAAACAGUAUUCGGCAUGGCUGCAUUCUUGUGCUUUCACAGAAUCUUUGGAUGAGGGAAGGGCAGUACACGGGCAUCAGAUAAGGGAAGGGGUUGACCCAGAUUCUCACUUCUGGGUUUCACUCAUUAACAUGUAUGCAAAAUGUGGUCAUCCGGCUUAUGCACGACAGGUGCUAGCUAAAAUGCCUGAGCAAGAUGUUGUAUCUUGGACCACAGUAAUCAAUGGUUUUGUAGCUCAGGGCAAUGCUAGGGAAGGUAUAAAUUUGUUCUGUGAGAUGCGUAGGGAAGGUAUAAGUCCCAAUGAGUUCACAUUGGCCACUUGUUUGAGAGCCUGUUCUAUGUGCUUGAACAUAGAUUUUGGGAAACAGGUUAAAGCAGAUGUAACUAAGAUUGGCUUAUUAUCCGAUUCAUUUAUUGGGUCUGCACUAAUUGACCUUUAUGCUAAAUGUGGUGAAAUAGGCCUUGCUGAUAAGAUGUUCUUUUGCAUGCCUGAGCAGAACGAAGUUUUAUGGAACGUGUUGCUUAGUCGCCAUGCUCAAUCAGGAGAUGGCAAAGAAGUUCUUGGAUUGUUUGGCAAAAUGCUAAAAUCAGAUGUGAAGUUCAGCAAGUACACGUUAUCCAGUGUUCUCAAGGGUUGUGAGAAUUCAGGAGACUUGAGAAAUGGCCAGAUUCUGCAUUGUUUGGCCAUCAAGAGUGGUUUUGAAUUCGAUGAUUUCUUGGCAUGCAAUCUUAUAGAUAUGUACUCUAGGUGUUUGCUGGUAGGUGAUGCACUAAAACUUUUCUCUAUGAUCAAAGAUCAUGAUGUAGUGUCCUGGAGUACUAUGAUCUCUUGCCUUGAUCAGCAAGGGCAUCACAGUGAAGCGACUAAGCUGUUUAACUUGAUGAGGCAUAGGGAUGUUCAGCCAAAUCAAUUUACCUUUGCAAGUGUUGUUAGUGCUUCCACUGAACUAGGCAACUUGCAUAUUGGAGAAAGUUUCCAUGCUUGUAUUCUGAAAUAUGGGUUUGAAUCUGAUAUCUCAGUAAGUAACGCCCUCAUCAGGAUGUACAUGAAAAAUGGCUCUGUGCAUGACGGUGCUCGUGUAUUUGAGGCUAUGACAGGACCAGAUCUUAUCUCUUGGAAUUCUUUGUUGUCUGGAUUUCAUGACUAUAAUUGUUGUGAAUCAGGGCCUAGAACUUUUUAUCAGAUGCUUGUAGAAGGUUUUAGACCCAAUAUGUACUCAUUCAUCAGUGUUUUAAGAUCUUGCUCUAGCCACUUAGAUUUAGGCUUUGGCAAGCAGGUUCAUGCUCAGGUUUUGAAAGACAACCUUAAUGGUAAUGACUAUGUUGGGACAGCUCUUUUGGACAUGUAUGCCAAAUGUGGGUGUAUGGAAGAAUCGUGUGUGGUUUUUAAUAGGUUGGUUAGUCGAAAUGUCUUUACAUGGACAGUAAUUAUCACUGGUUUUGUCCAGAAUGACCAAGCAGAGAAGGCUAUUGAAUGCUUCAAUGUAAUGCAGAGAGAAGGAGUAAAGCCCAAUGAGUUCACUCUUGCUGGUUGCAUAAGUGGAUGCUCCCAAAUAACUGCCACUGAAGGUGGAAGGCAGCUUCACUCAAUGGUAAUUAAGAGCGGACAUCUGCCUGAUCUGUUUGUUUCCAGUGCCCUUGUUGACAUGUAUGCAAAAUGCGGGCGCAUUCAAGAUGCUGAGAUUAUAUUCAAGGGCUUGAUUAGAUACGAUACAGCAUUGUGGAACGCUAUGAUAUGUGGGUUUUCUCUGCAUGGUCAGGGAGAAAAGGCCCUUGAUACCUUUGAAGAAAUGAAAGAUAACAACUACUUACCUGAUGAAGUUACCUUUAUAGGUAUCCUUUCUGCAUGCAGUCACAUUGGUCUUGUUGAAAAGGGGAAGCAGUACUUCGAUUCCAUCAGCAGUUUCUAUGCAAUAAGUCCAACAGAUGAGCAUUAUGCUUGUAUGGUUGAUAUUCUCAGCCGUGCUGGAAGAUUUGAUGAGGUUGAGAGCUUUAUUGAGGAGAUGAAUUUGACAUCUAAUGCCUUAGUCUGGGAGACCAUUCUGGGUGCAUGCGCAAAACAUGGAAACAUUAAACUUGGUAAACGGGCAUCAAAGAAGAUCUUUGAGCUUGAACCAAAGACAGACUCAAAUUACAUAUUACUUUCUAACAUUUUUGCUGGCAAGGGAGAGUGGGCAGAAGUCAAAAAAGUGAGGGCGUUGAUGUCCGGCCAAGGUGUGAAAAAGGAACCUGGAUGUAGCUGGGUAGAGAUCAAUAAUCAAGUACAUGUCUUUGUGUGUGAUGGAGUGCAUCCAAAUAUACUGGAAAUUCAUUCAAAACUGGAAGAGCUUGAUAAAAAACUCAGAUCAAUGGGUUAUGUCCCACAAAUAGAACAUGUGCUUCAUAACGUUCCUGACGAAGAGAAAAAGGUUUAUCUCAUUUAUCAUAGUGAAAAAUUGGCUCUUGCAUUUGCACUUUUGAGCACUACGCCUAUGAAACAGAUCCGGAUUUUUAAAAACCUCCGCAUCUGUGGUGACUGCCAUAAUUAUAUGAAACUUGUCUCUGACAUUACUAAUAGAGAAAUAGUUGUACGUGAUGUUAAACGGUUCCAUCAUUUCAAGGGUGGAUAUUGUUCUUGUCAGGACUAUUGGUGAUUUGGUUCCAGGAACAAGUCCACCAAAUUCACAUUUAAGUACCUCCCUAUACCUCAGAGAAUCACAUAUAUAACUCCCCUAUUUCAUUUAGGUUGAGAAGUUAUCCAUGAAGCUUGAACCUCUUGGAAGGGACAUACACAGCUAUGCAAGCAUUUAAGCACCCAAAUGGAGAGAAGUGCUUUAACCUAAUCCCAUGCUCAGGUAUCUUAGUUUUUUCAAUGUAAUACACAAAAAUUAAUAAAAUAAAAUACAGUCUUUGAUAGUUAAAAUGUCUUACGAAAAUAUAAUCGAAGUAAAGAAAAGUGAAUUACGCUGAGAAUUCAGCAUGCUUGAUUAAAGUCAGUUUCAAAAUUGCGGAAACAAUUGAUAUAGCUUAGUUUGACUUGAUCUUUAAUUUUCCUACUUUUUUGUAAGGCUGUAUAUUUCCAUGUGAGGUCCCUAUUUGAACACAAUGGCAAGAGUGUACUGUAUCUUUGGAAAAAAAAGGUGCUUUACGGUAAUUAUAAUGAUCUCUUUUCCAGUAUUGUAUACAUUGGAGGUUACAUGCCUCUUUGCAAACUAUUAGUUUGCUGUUUGUAGACAAAUGGAUAUAUAAUUUGUGAAAGUAUUGUCUAGAUUUAGAUGGAAAUACUGUGGUAAUUAGGCUUUCAUAUAUGAACUCUUCCAUGCGUGUCUGAGUUCAAUAAUUGCAACUUGAUAUGUCAAUGCUCUUUUAUUGUGUCCUACGUGUGGAUGAUACUGGCUGGAUUAUUUGAUGUGUAUGUGACUUAUUUCAUUCAUAUUAUGUAAUGGAGAGGCGAUUGUUCAAAAUGAGGGGUGAUAUUAUCUUAAAUUAUUCUUUUAACAUAUGCCACGAAAUUUGAUUGAUAUAUUGCUUCUACGAUAUUCUUUUUUAUUUCUAACCACAUAUAUAGGGAAACUUGUACAUUAAUUCCUGACUCAGAUGUUAAGAGGUGUGAAAGAUUUUGGAAAGUCUUUUUGGUUAAGACUUAAGAGAAGUUAUUUCUAUUGAACUCCGUUAAGAGGGAGUAAGGAGUUAAUGCAAGUCUUUAAGAGUUCCUUGUACUGCAUGCAAAAUAAAGGGUAUGUUUUUGUACGGUCAUAGCAUGGGGUAUAGGUAGAGGUUGAAAGGUUAGUUUAAUAAUGUCACAUUGUCAUUGAGUCCAAUAAUAUAUUUCAAUGAGUUCCUUCCUUUCAUCCCUAACUUUUUCUCUCUGAAUAUUGUCAGCAACAACGAAGCACAACUUACAUCCAUCGCAGGUUGAUUGUUGGAUUCCUAAGAUAAUUUUUGUUUUUUAAUUUAUGAAAUCUCCAAUACAUCAAAAUUCUUGAUUUGAGAAACCGCAAGAAGGAAAGAAAACCGGAGCUUUGUUAUGAACUACUACGAAUGGGUUUUGUUUUAUUUAGUUUCCUGCACAGACCUACACGUAACAUGAACAAGAUGUUCUAGGACAAAUAAUGGCAAGUUGAAACUGCAAUUUAAUAGAUCCAAACAGACCCCUUGUUGAGAUAUGGAGUGGUGGAUUACUUGAAAGAUUCUAGGUGUUGGAGGGUAGUAUUGCACAUCUAGUGCAAGUGCAUGCUUUGGGUCUGGAAAAAUAUUAUUUAGAUACUCCUUCCAUUGCCCCAGUAAAAGGUUAUGCUCAGAUGAACCACUGUCUGUUCCCAUUUUGUACCAAUAAAAUUUCCAUGGUAAUUUGGUCUCUUUACAGUUGCCCCGUCCAACCUGUCCUGUGAAAAAGCUGAUAGCUUCUGUGAAAUGGCAGCAGUUAAACUAAAGAGUGUAAAUUUUUCUGUGAAAAAGCUUCCUUUCUCUUAGUGUCCCCCCACCCCACCUUUGUGUUUUACUUACCAUGUUUUUCUAUAAUACUAAUAAUCAUUGCUGACAAGUCUGCACAGAAUAACUAUAUUGAUCCAUCAGUUAUCAGAGUGUGCUGCGUGUCCGUCAGGAAGAGUACUUGAAAAUGGAUCAUGGAUCGCAAGAAUGCCUCCGGUUGCUGGAAGAUGCGUCUCUUAUCCAUUUGGCUUCAUUGUGAUGAAGUUCUUUAAAUUUCAGGGGUGCGUCUUCCUUAACAAUGGUGGAUCCAUGCCAAAAUUGUCCUAGCUUGAAGUAAUUAAGACUUGAGAUAGAACUUAGAGCUAGUUCAACCUGACUCCGCUGAGGUUUUAGUGGUGUUCAAUGUAAAACCAAACACGUGCAAGCUCAAGCAUUGGAGGAAGCUGCCACAGUCAAAGUAGAGAUUAUGUUCAGUUGUCAAGUACCAAGUCAAAUGGAAAUAGCAAGUAAAGCAGGAGGAUGCCCCGGACGAAUCCUUUCUAAACAUGCAAACAUAGUCAUCUCUCCUCUCCAUGUUGAGAGAUGGCUAACUUGCAUUCUGGUUUGUCUCCUUGGGCUUGUGCCUUUGUGGGUGAACAGAGGGAGUUGCAAAACAGUAAAACUGGAAGCUCAAGUGUUCCGCUAUCCCUGCUGCAUAAAAUUAAUGACAUCCAAAAAAAAAAAUUGUUACAAGGAAUUAAAGUAGUUAGCUUAUUGAAACAGGAAUUAAACUAUUCGUAAGUGGUGUAUGGUGUGGUUCAUUCAUCCCUGCCUAUACAUGAAAUCCACUAAUUACAAAUUCUUUU